AUGUCGGAAUAUACUUUCAUUGCGGCAUGUUUCUGUAAUACAGAUGAGUGCAACACUCAAAUGUUUGCAAAGAAUGCCGCUCAAUUGGCACUGCUCGAUAUAUACGGCACUUGGGCAUACAGUAACGUCACAAAAGAACUAUCCAUUGUGACCUCGUCAGACGUAAAACACACUAUGAUGAAGUGCUUAAAGGACGCCACUCUUAGGCGUCCGCUUGCUCGACCUUUCGCUUUACAUCGGAGCUUCAUGACCGAAUAUUUACUGGUCAGUGUCAUCCUUAUUGCUUCGUCCAUUUGUUGUUUGCUGGCAUGCUGCAUCGCUUAUAGGAAAAGAAAGACACCUCCAAGAGAAGCUGAACCAACUCCAAGUCCAGCACCGCAGGUGGAAUUCGAAGCGAGCGUGCUUGAUGAAGAGCUGCUGUCACAUGCAGUAGAACGAUUACAACGAGCUACUACACGGUUGGAUAGUGACGAUUCUCCUAAAAAGAAGGCGCCGGUGCAUGAACAAGCGUCGAAAGCUUCUAGAGACAAAGCAGCCAUUGGAGCCCCAGAAACAUCAGGGGAAAGCUUGGGUGAUAAUACCUCGUCAGAAGCCUCCGAAACACCGAAAUCUGCGAAGCAGUCAAGUCCUGUGAAGGGCAGGAGGCCUACGAAUUUAUGUGAUCAGCCGCCUAAAGUUGCGAAAAGUUUCAUCGUCAUAGACUAA